CCCCAUGACAUCACUGCUGUUGCAGCCAUACCACCCCAGAAAGGAUGCUAUUAAAAUCUUUGGGAUUGGGCUAAAUGAUGUUGCAUUGCAGGUGUAUUGGUACUAGAGCAUAGAAAAGCCCUGAGAUGUGCCAUAUUCUCCUUUUGUGUGUUGGCUGACGGGUGACACAUUUGGAAGAGAUGGAGCAGGUGAUGCUUUUGACGCCCUGAAAAAGUCACUCCAAAUGUGAAUUGAGGAACUUGCAACUGGCAUUUAUGCUUCUGCUUUCUUCUCUCAGCCUCUUGCCACAUUCACUUAUUCCUUAUGCUACAGCAGAAUAGAGAUCCUAAUAUGGUCAAUGCAGGCGACAUGAAUGGUUCGGGCAACCUAAUGGAUUUUUUGGAUGAGCCGUUCCCUGAUGUUGGAACUUAUGAAGAUUUCCAUACCAUUGACUGGCUGCGAGAGAAAUCGCGUGACACUGACCGCCAUCGAAAGAUUACAAGCAAAAGUAAAGAAUCCAUAUGGGAGUUCAUCAAGAGUUUGCUGGAUGCCUGGUCAGGAUGGGUUGUAAUGCUUCUCAUAGGACUACUGGCAGGCACAUUAGCCGGAGUGAUAGAUUUAGCUGUGGAUUGGAUGACAGACCUGAAGGAGGGUGUCUGCCUGUCUGCCUUCUGGUACAGCCAUGAGCAGUGCUGCUGGACGUCUAAUGAAACUACAUUCGAUGACAGGGACAAAUGUCCCCAGUGGCAGAAAUGGUCUGAACUUCUUGUAAGCCAGUCUGAGGGUGCAAGUGCUUACAUUCUAAACUAUUUUCUGUACAUUAUGUGGGCUCUAUGUUUUGCUUUCCUGGCAGUCUCUUUGGUCAGAGUGUUUGCUCCUUAUGCCUGUGGCUCUGGAAUCCCAGAGAUAAAAACCAUCUUGAGUGGGUUCAUUAUUAGGGGCUACCUGGGAAAGUGGACACUUUUAAUCAAAACAGUCACCUUGGUUCUGGUGGUAUCUUCAGGCCUCAGCCUUGGGAAAGAGGGGCCGUUAGUCCACGUGGCCUGUUGCUGUGGAAACUUCUUCAGCAGCCUUUUCUCAAAGUACAGCAAGAAUGAAGGAAAGAGAAGAGAGGUGCUUUCAGCUGCAGCUGCUGCAGGAGUUUCUGUUGCCUUUGGGGCUCCAAUUGGAGGUGUGCUUUUCAGUCUGGAAGAGGUCAGCUAUUACUUUCCUCUGAAAACCCUCUGGAGGUCAUUUUUCGCUGCUCUUGUGGCUGCCUUCACACUGAGGUCCAUUAAUCCUUUUGGGAACAGCCGACUGGUCCUGUUCUACGUGGAGUACCACACCCCCUGGUACAUGGCUGAGCUCUUCCCCUUCAUCCUACUUGGCGUCUUUGGGGGCCUCUGGGGCACCCUCUUUAUCCGAUGCAACAUCGCUUGGUGCAGGAGGCGAAAAACCACCAGACUUGGGAAAUACCCAGUGCUGGAGGUCAUAGUGAUUACAGCCAUCACUGCCAUCAUCGCCUACCCCAACCCCUACACACGGAGGAGCACCAGCGAGCUGAUCUCAGAGCUCUUCAAUGACUGUGGGGCCCUGGAGUCCUCACAGCUCUGUGACUACAUCAAUGACCCCAACAUGACCCGGCCAGUGGAUGACAUUCCUGACAGACCUGCUGGCCCUGGAGUCUACUCUGCCAUGUGGCAGCUUGCCUUGGCUUUGGUGUUUAAAAUCAUCAUCACGAUAUUCACUUUUGGAAUGAAGAUCCCUUCAGGCCUUUUCAUUCCUAGCAUGGCUGUUGGAGCCAUGGCUGGAAGGAUGGUUGGGAUUGGAGUAGAGCAGCUGGCAUAUCACCAUCAUGACUGGAUCAUCUUCAGGAACUGGUGCAGACCUGGGGCAGACUGUGUCACACCAGGACUUUAUGCAAUGGUCGGAGCUGCGGCUUGCUUGGGUGGUGUUACUCGAAUGACGGUCUCUCUGGUGGUGAUUAUGUUUGAGCUAACAGGAGGCCUGGAGUACAUUGUACCUCUUAUGGCUGCAGCUGUCACAAGCAAGUGGGUGGCAGAUGCCUUUGGAAAAGAAGGGAUCUAUGAAGCUCACAUUCAUCUGAAUGGCUACCCAUUUCUGGACGUGAAAGAUGAAUUUACCCACCGAACCCUGGCAACUGAUGUGAUGAGACCAAGACGUGGGGAAGCUCCUCUCUCUGUUCUGACACAGGACAGCAUGACGGUGGAGGAUGUUGAGACACUUAUCAAAGAGACUGACUACAAUGGCUUUCCAGUAGUGGUUUCAAAAGACUCGGAGAGACUUAUUGGAUUUGCACAGAGACGAGAGCUGAUUCUUGCAAUAAAGAAUGCAAGGCAGCGUCAGGAUGGGGUGGUGAGCAACUCCAUCGUGUACUUCACUGAGGACCCCCCAGAACUGCCACCCAACAGUCCCCAUCCACUGAAACUGCGUCGUAUUCUCAACCUGAGCCCUUUCACUGUCACUGACCACACACCAAUGGAGACUGUGGUAGAUAUUUUCCGAAAACUUGGACUCCGGCAGUGUCUUGUCACUCGCAGUGGGAGGCUGCUGGGUAUCAUAACUAAAAAGGACGUAUUAAGACAUAUGGCUCAAAUGGCAAACCAAGACCCUGAAUCUAUCAUGUUUAACUAGACUGGUAAAGGAAGAAGAAAGUAACCCCAAAGGAAUCUCUUCUAGAUUAACAUAAAGGCUAUGUUUGGUGUUUCAUCUUGUUUAAAAAGAAAAAGGUAAUGUGUAUGAGGAAUGGCCUGAUAUGCCUCUGACAGAGGGAGUGGAUGCAGGACAGCACUUAUUUAAUGAGGAAGGCAGUUUAGAAGCUCUGAGCAGCUGCAGAGAUCAAGCUGUGUUUCCUUAAUGAGAUUCCCAACAGCUCAGUUGGAGUGUUGGUGGGUAUAAGUGAUGCGGUGCUUAGAGACAAAGAGCCAGGAGCACCAGUGGGAUGCUUCAAGUUCACAGUAACUCGUGAGGCAGGUGUGAAGGGUAGGAGACACUGUUUAUGUACCAGCUGCCAGGAGAGGUAAAGGUCUGUGUUCCAAGCUAGAGAGUGUGUAUUGAGUAAUGUCAGUUGCUUUUGUUACUGAAAUCAUGGCUAUUUAUUUAUUUGCUACUGAAUUAUACCGUUUUCAUAAGGGAAAAAAUUGUCAUAUUUUUAAAGGAAAGAUUUUGUCAUCUUCAUUUAUUUUGUAAAUGUUAAGUGAAUCAAGACUGGAGUUAAGUCUUCAGAAGGGAGUAAGAGUACACUUCAACUCACUUUAAAAUAUAGUGUCCCUUGCUCCCUGCUUUAGUCCUUUGAAUUUUAUACCAUUUAGCAUUUCUCUCAAUCAACUCCCCUUACUAGUAUUAAAAUGUGACUUAUUUGUAAGGAUUUAUUUUUUCUCUAUGCAAUUUUGCAUACAGGUACUAUAAAAAUUAGUGUAAAACAUAGAAACCCAUGAAAGAAUUUUCUAAAGCACUAAAAGGAUGCUGAUAUCCAUCUCUCAUCGGUGUUAGUGACAAGAGAUUGAAUACUUCACCUGUCUCCUUGUGUACAUCAUCAUUUUUCACAAAUUGAUGAAGUUCUGCAUUGAUUCUUGGUCCUCCAUUUAGGUCCUUUUUGUCCUUGCUCUUUCUUGGCACUUAUUCUGUAACAGAUCUACUCUUUAUCCAUCUGUCAGUCAUAGGAUUGUGGAAUUCGUCUCUACAACACUAUGGCUGGAUAAGAUCAGAGGGACUGAGAAUGCAAAUGAUGAUAACAAAGCUUUAAGUAUUUAUCUGCUUGCACCAAAAGCAAAAUAUUUAACAGACCCUGGUAGGGAACUCUUAAGUCACUCAGGUAAAAAUGCUAAAUUUUCCUAAAUGUUUGUUCUGGUCCUAUGUGAGAUACAGAGAGUCAGUCCUUCAGUCAAUACUGCUCUCAAUAACAGAAUACCAAAUUGUACUCUAAGUUCACUGCCCAGCAUUUGCUUUAUAGCUAGGAGCUUAAAGACUGGAGAAAGGUUGCAUCCUAACUUGGAUGCCCUGAAUCCUUCAGAUCUCUCAAGAGUCUGGUCCCUUCGUUUGGGCAUCUCAUAUUUUUGUUCAAAUUCAUAUAGAUAACUGGUUGUGUCCAGGUGGUCCUCAUGGACAGAGACGAGCCAUGUCCUUUCAUACCAGAACAACCUGUUGCUUACUCCAGACCAAACCCAGACUGUUGGUCUAACAUGUAGGCAAUGUACAUGAUUAUUGUGUCCCUGAACUGAGACAACUAGUCAGGUGCACCCUGAGUUAGAUGGCUGAAGUUACAUGUCACAAAUUCCACCUCUUAUCUCCCGUGACCCUGCUUCCUUCUGGCAUAUGUCCCACUGCAUUCACACGUAGUAUGGCCCAAAUUCUUCAAGUAAAAGAAACGGAAGUAAAGGGAUAAUUUUAAUCUGCUAAGUACUCCAUUUAACAAUAGUGUUUGCAACAGAUUGACAUAAAUUUAUAUAGCUCUUGCCAAAGCCCAUAAAUAUUUCAGUGUAUACUUUUUGUUAACUGAACAUCUGCAGUACAUUGUAUUAUUAAAGGAAUAUUGUUAAAACUAUAUGAACUAUAGAACUGAGCAAAUCCUUCCUUCUGAAAAUAGGAAAAUGUUUUUCUGUGAAGCUGUGAGCAGUCAAACUCGUAAAAAACCAACCAAGUCAACAACAAAGCUCAUAAACACUGGAUUCCCUCAGUUGAACAGAGAUGCCAUCAUAAAAUAAAAUCAGUUCAUUACCACAACUAAACCCAAGUGAGGCUUUGUACAAAUGUCAGUUUAUACCCAAAACAUCUAGAAUCUAAGGGUUUGGACUAAGCUGAAUAGGCUGACUUUUGAGAGCAAUCUUGUUCUUAGAUUAGAACUGUAGAACUGUGUUCUACUUUCCACAUUUGUAGCUGUUGAUGUUAAUACACACAUUUGUUGAACACUUUCUCUGUCUUCCUUUAUGUUUAUGUAGUGUAUUCUCCCCAUCUGAGCAAUCCAAAAUACUUUUGUUCAUAAGCCAAGAGAAGUAAGUUGGUAAGUGAAUUCAACUACUAUUUGAAAUCAAAUUCAAGGCUUCAGGUAAAAGUAGAGGUCUAAAGUCUUCUCUGUUAGUGAAGGAAAUUUCAGUCCUUGUAGCAUUAUAAUGUAGUUCAUGGAAGGCUACCUCUGACGAGCAUCCACAGUACUGAGGGCUAAGUUUGCUAAGAAGAACCAGGAUGGUGUAUCAACACUGAAAAAUAUUAUCAUUUUCUGAGAAAAAGACAUGGAGUUGCCUAACUGAGGUUAAUCUGGCUAUGAAUAUGAAUUCACAUGAGUAUUGACUUAUCAGCUUAAACUCAGUGGCUAUGCACAGGCAUAAAUUUGUGUGGUUAAUUCCCAUUAAUACUCAGAGGCCUGAUUUACUAAAACCAAGAGUCACCCCUGUGAUAGCUUGUAACCUUGUCUUAAUAGGCUACUUAGGAGGAGCCCUCAGGGCUUAAAAACAGGAUCCAAAAAAAUGGCAUGGUGGUUUGUAAGAAUCAACAACAGAAGGAAUCAGGAUUUAUGCAGUUAUUGUGGAUGCAGUUUGACCCUGGGACUAUCACUCAAGUAAAAAGCAGGUAAAUGAGUGUACAGCUCUCUUCUAUCAAACAUGUUCAUUUUUAGAUGGAAUGCUUUAAAAUAUCUAGGAGGUCAAGGAAAAAACCUUUAGAUAUGUAACUGUGUACUGCUGCUCCUUGUUCCAGUGUCUUUUCAAAAUAUGUUAAAUGCCCUUAGAGCAGGGGCUGAUAUCUAGCUGUCCAGAAAUGGCACAGUCAUGGCUAACUUCAUUUGCUUGGCAUUAUCAUCAAGGCUGAGGCUGAUGCCAGAAGACAUGGAGGGCUUUGAAACUGGAUAGACUUUGCUACUUAGAAAACUUCCUCCAUGCUACAGUCUUCAUUGCUCUUCACAUGAGUGUCUGAAAGGAAAACACUCUUAAUAUAAAUGAAUAACAUGAUUUUCUCAAAAAAUGCAGUUAUGAUAUAAUGAUUUAAUUUAUUUCCCCAUAACAAGCCCAUUAUCAGUCACUGUUUUCCAUCUGUAUUCCUAAAUAUGUCUCAGAAGUUACUGAAUAGACUCCAAGAGGCAUAGAUCUCAGCCUUAACUACAUAUUUGAAUUUGUAGAGCUCAAGAUAGUCACAUACUGUGAUCAAUCUGAGUUACAUAAGUACUUUAGUAUAUACUGCUCACUUCAUGCAACCUCAGCUCAAUCCUUGAGUUCAAGCAGUUGGCCUUCAAAGGUGUUGAACUAAACAAGAGAAUGAAAACCUUUAAAUUAUGCAAGUUCAGUAUUGUACCUUUGUUUUGCAUGAACUGUGUUCAGUUACAUGUAGCUUCUGGUGUGUACUUGAAGCAAUCUGUACCAGAAAGUUUAAUAAUAAAGUACAGAACAUGAAAGACAUUAGACAGACACUCUGGCUGUCACAGUGAUACUAAUUAUUAAUUCUUAUGCUUUGAUGAAGCAGAAAAAGAAUAUUUAAGAAGUACCGGAAAUUCAUGGAUUCUGUGUUGGAAUGACACUAUAAUUAUGACUACAGUUUUGCUUUGGUUUUAUUUGUUGGGUUUUUUUGUUUGUUUGUUGGUUUUGUUUUGUUUUGUUUUUAAUUGUAGAAAACAGUGUAUAUGUUGCACUUAUAAAAAUGAUGUUUGGACUCUAUUUUUUAAAUAAAACUGACAGUACUGGAAA